UUUUUUGCAGCUGCAUCAGGGCCGGGUCAGGAUUGCUCUUCCGUCAAUAAGUCCUAGAUAUCUUCCAAUUUCAGCAUGAUAAAUUAGUCACCCCUGUCAAAGCAAGCUAGAGAAGUAGGUUGAAAAGCGGGCGCUCGUAAGGUGACGCAGAAUAUUUGUCGACUGCUUAUAGUGUCACAUAAGCAGUCGACAAAUUGUUGCUCUUCUCGUAGAAUAUUUCACAGGCACUACAAGACUCAUCUUUCAAAAAAUAAAAAAGGCCCUCCUGCUGAUAUGAAAUUAUUUGUAUUGAUAGUGUAAGCAGUUUCAUCUCUAAAAUCCUUAUGAGCCUUCCUUAAGGAAAUGACAUCCCUUUCUGGGCAUGUACUGCUAUGUUGAUCAAGUGCAACGAAUCAAGAAUCUUAUGGUUGACCUGGACGUGGUUUUCCUCGUUUUUUGCUCGUCUUCGACAAUUUUCCGUCACAAUAUUUUCCUGUUCAGUGUAACUACUAGAGCUAGCUAGACGGCCACCAAGACUGUAAAUGAUAGAUAAACUGCGUUAGUAGGCUCGGCCGCUUGAUGGUGUAUCUUCAUCUGGCUCUGUUGAGUCGGUAGGAUCGGAGUAGGCCGCAAGAACAGUCGGAAGCGCUACAAUGUUUUGAAGGAAAAUUGUUUCAUUCUCACGCAUCCCCUCGUCGAGGGUCGGUAAAAAAAGCAUGGAUGAAUAUAUGAAUUUGUCGUGGUGGUGGUCCUAUUGCAAAUUAGUCCGUUGUCGUAACGCACCUGCUCAGCCCGCAACAAAAUCCUCGAUGAUGUUGUAGGAUCGUUUCUCUGCAGUCGUCCCCGUAGUGUACCCUCCUGGUGUUUUGCGUUACAAUUGCUGUCUGUUUUUUGUUGGAGGAUUCUGUUACAGCCAUUAUAAUCAGGAUUUCCUCGGUCGUCUUUGAUUAUCAGGUGUGAUAUUCAUACAACGGCCACCGUCAUAAACCUGCCAGCUGGAAAGUAAGAGUUUUGCACAAAGAAAAAUGCGUCGCCUUAUCGUGAUGUCUGACAGAUGGCCUACUGUAAAAACCAUGCUGUGGGAGGUUUUCUUGUCAAUUUCAUCAGUUGUUCUGUGUAUCCUGCAGUUGAACUGCAUCUUAAUGUAAACAAGACUACUCUCUGAGAAGAGCAGCAGCAAGGGAACAACUAACAAAAAAUAAAGGCAGCCGCUGGGUCAUUGUCGAGGACGGACAAUUCUAUCAUGGGUCGAUAAGUAAUCUUUCUUCAGGAGGUAACAUGACCUCGGCGGGUACAGUAGAAGACUAGGAAUACUUGAACUUGAAAUUGUGACACGAUCAACUAGUGUUAAAAAUAAAAGUUGUACUCUUUACUUUUCAAGUUAUAAGAACACUGACGUACAAAGUAUUCGUGAUAUUGUGUCUGCGUUUGGAAGGAGUACUUAUUUAUAUCGCGG